AUGGAGAAGAAGAACUCAUCCGAGCAUCAGCAACAGCAGGAUGGAAGCAAGGAGCAGCAGCUGCAGGUGGUGGCGCAGCCCGAGGAGCUGAGGAAGCAGAUGCUCGCGCCCAAGUGGAGCUCCAACAAGGACCGCCACACCAAGGUCGAUGGGAGGGGUCACCGGAUCCGGAUGCCCGCGCUGUGCGCUGCGUGGAUCUUCCAUCUCGCGUGGGAGCUCAGCCAGUCCGACGACGAGACCGUGCAGUGGCUACUGCAGAAGGCCGAGCCGGCCAUCGUCGCCGCCACCGACACCGACACCAUCCCGUUCACGCCUUCGCCGUCCACUACAUCCCCUCCGCCCCCCACAUCGCCGCCUCCGUCAUCGACCCCGGCUCCUGUGACCUCCACUGCAUCCCCGUCCGUGCCAUCGUCCUUCUCCCCGGUGAAGUCCUCUUUAGACAGCUACUUCUUCGGUGUUGGAUCGACGAUGCUGCCUCCAUCUGGGAUAUCGGUCCAAGCUUCUUCUACCUCCGACAACGUCAACAACUUCAUCUUUCGGUUGCCGGAAUAUGUCUUCUUAGAUGGCUUAUCUGAUUCCCCUUCAACCGUCGCUUUGCGCGGUCAAACCAUCUGGGUGCACGCGUCCUAG